UCAUGGCGGGGCCCCACGCCCCUGGCACCCCGGCAGCUCGCUGGAAACGCCACAUCGUGCGGCAGCUGCAGCAGCGGGACCGCGCGCAAAAGGCCCUUUUCCUGGAGUUGGUGCCGGCCUAUAACCGGCUCCUAGAGAAGGCUGCGCUGCUGGCCCGUUUCUCUGAGAAGUUGCAGCCAGAACCCAACAGCGUGGUUCCUGUUUCAUGCCAGGGCCCUUGGGAGGAGGAGCUGGGCACUGAUUCAGAUGAGCUUCCAUCACCAGCCACUCUGAGGAUGAAGUGGCAAGAAGAGGAGAAGGGUCUUCAGUUGGUGUGUGGAGAGAUGGCCUUCCAGGCGGUGGAGAAGAGCGCCGCACUGGGCACGCUGGAGCUGGAGCUGGAAGUGCGGAGAGACAGGCUGGCGGCCCUGGAGGCGCAGGUGGCGCAGCUGCGGGCGACGCGCGAGCAGCAGCUGCGGCAGGUGGAGGCGCGGCGCGCGCACAACGAGCAGCUGCGCGCGGCCUACGACGAGCUGCGCGCGCACGCCGGGCUCCGGGAGGCCGCACUGCGCAGGCGCGAGGAGGAGGCGCGCGAGCUGCUGGAGCGGCUGGUGCAGAGCAAAGCGCGCGCCGCCGCCGAGCGCAACCUGCGCAACGAGCGGCGCGAGAGGGCUAAGCAGUCGCGGGUGUCCCAGGAGCUGAGGAAGGCGGCCAAGCGGACAGUGAGCAUCAGCGAGAAUCCCAGCCCCAACGAUCCUUCAGAGGAUGGGGUCAGGGAGGCAGCCAAGAGUGUGGUCCCGGCUUCUCAGGCCCAGGCCCUGGAGAAAGAGGCUGUGGAGACCAGGAGGAGAUCCUUCAGGUCAGCCUCAGCCACGUCCCUGACGCUGUCCCGAUGUGUGGCUGUGGUGAAGGGCCUUCUGGAUUUUAAGAAGAGGAGAGGCCACUCCAUUGGGGGGACUCCUGAACAGCGCUAUCAGAGCCUCCCUGUGUGUAUGAUUGCUCGGCUCCCUACCUGGGCCCAGGAUGUGCGGGACGCUCACCUGUCGGAGGUGAAUGCUGUCCGCUUCGGCCCCCACAGCAGCCUCCUGGCCACCGGCGGUGCCGACUGCCUCAUUCACCUCUGGAACGUGGUUGGUGGUCGCCUGAAGGCCAACCAAACUCUGGAAGGUGCUGGAGGCAGCAUCACCAGUGUGGACUUUGACCCGUCGGGUACCCAGGUACUGGCAGCUACAUACAGCCAGGCUGCUCAACUCUGGAAGGUCGGGGAAUCACAGUCCAAGGAGACACUGUCUGGACACACAGACAAGGUGACGGCUGCCAAGUUCAAGCUCACGAGGCACCAGGCAGUGACAGGGAGCCGUGACCGGACAGUCAAAGAGUGGGACCUCUACCGUGCCUGCUGCUCCAGGACUAUCCAUGUCCUUUCUUACUGCAAUGACGUGGUGUGCGGGGACCAUGUCAUCAUCAGCGGCCACAAUGACCAGAAAAUACGCUUCUGGGAUAGCAGGGGUCCCCGCUGUACCCAGAUCAUCCCCAUGCAGGGCCGUGUUACCUCCCUGAGUCUCAGCCAGGACCAGCUACAUCUGCUCAGCUGCUCCCGUGACGACACACUCAAGGUCAUUGACCUUCGCGCCAGCAACAUUCGCCAGGUGUUCAGGGCUGAUGGCUUCAAGUGUGCGUCUGACUGGACGAAAGCUGUGUUCAGCCCUGACAAACACUAUGUUCUGGCUGGCUCUGGGGAUGGAGUUCUCUACAUCUGGGACGUGGAUACAGGGAAGCUGGAGAGUACCCUGCGGGGACCUCAUUGCUCUGCCAUCAACGCUGUGGCCUGGUGCUACUCAGGUGGCCAUGUGGUGAGUGUGGACCAGGCCAGGAAGGUGGUGCUCUGGAGCUAGGACAACAACCUGCCUUGCCCAUAGCCCAGGCUGGAGGGCAGGCCGCUGCUCUGUGGUGCUCAGCUGGAGAGAGCCGGACCUUGCUCUGUGGGAACCUCCAAAUGGUCAGGGAUUGAAGGCCUGGCAGGACCUGGGCUUUUUGUUGGAAGACUCAGUUGGGGUUGGGAGUGAUCAGUUUUUAAAAAGUGCCUCUUCAUAUUCUCUCCCUAAAAGUAAACAAGAAAUUG